AUGGUAUAUGCUUCGUAUAUGAUUGAUGAAUGGGAGGAAGCGUGGGGCGACAUUGUUGCCAAACACGGGUUGAAGGAAGAUCCUUGGAUUACAGCUUUGUAUGAGAAGCGUGAUAGGUGGGCAGAGGCAUUUUUUAGGGGGAACUUUUGUGCGGGGAUGUGCAGCACUCAGAGAUGCGAGGGGAUUAAUGGUAAGAUUAAGACUCGGGUUUCAAGACACACUCGGUUGGGUGAAUUUCUGCCCAGAUUUCAUUCCGGUGUUUGUUUUUUGAGAAACCGUUAUUUGUUGGACGAUUACAAGUCAAAAAACCACAAGAGUAAAUUUGACUCUCACCUUAAGUCGAUUGAGGAAGAUGCAUUCAAUACCUUCACGGAUGAUAUAUUUGUUGUUAUAAAGGGUCAAAUAAUGUUGGAGAACCGUUUCAGUGUUAGAAGUUGUGUUCAGUUUGGUGGGUCAGGAGACUUGAUGUUUUACUUGUCCCAAUAUGAGAGACCUAAUCGUAGUUGGACGGUGUUGUACAGUUCCGUAGAUGGGAAAUAUUCAUGUUCGUGUUUGCAAUUUGAGUUGGAUGGGGUGCCAUGUGCUCACCUUUUCUGCGUACUCAAAUACAGGAAUGUGAGUGUAUACCCAAAAUCAUUGAUUGAAGACAGGUGGACUAAAGGCGGUGGCAGAUUGAAAAUGGUUCCAACCGCAGCUAAGUGUGUUGAUGAGAAGUCAGGCAGAAUAUUGAGGUACACAGCCCUAAUGUGUGAAGCAAAGAAGGCUUGUCAUAAUCUGUCUCAAUCAACCGAAGGCUUUGAUACAGGCAUUGUUCAAUUGUCCGGGCUUACAGAGACAUCUACGAAAUACCGGGAGGCUAAAAGACCAAGUGUGGUAGAACCUGUGGUACACCCGGUGCCUGACAAUGUCUUAAAAGACCCUGUGAUUGCCAGAACGAAGGGUAUGCACGGAAACAGUGUGCCUGCAGCGAAUGCAGGAAACGUGAACGGUGGAGAAGGUAACAGGUGCAGAGAAUGUGGUGUGCCAGGUCACAACAAACGCAGAUGUCCGUUGGUAAAAUAUACCAAUAAGGGGCCUGGUAAAUGUCAGAAAUCCGGUAAGAAAUCAAAGACUGCCGUAUCUGGAAAGUCGGCUAAACCCCUCCGAUCCGACAGAUCUAGUAAGCCUUCGAAAUCUGGUGAGACCGGGACGUCUGAGAAUGUGGGAGAGCAUGGUUAUGAAGAGAACGUACCAGCAACAUCUGAAUUUGAGGGGAAUGAGUCAAACCAAAGCAAGAAUGCAAACACCACGCAGCGGUCACCCUCUGAUGUCGUUCACACUGACACAUUUGUAGGAGAUGAAUGUCAUGAGAAUGUAAACAUGGCUGAUGUGAACUCCCAGGUUGGUAAGAGCUGUCAAAUUAAUGAAUAG